AUGACCUCAGAAGUACCGCCUCAACACGCCAUUGUGCUCGAUUCUACUAUCCUCACUCCCGACACUGCUCAUGCCCUAGGCCCAAGCCCCGGUGCCUCGUCCGCUACAGCGUCGACAGGCGCCGUGACACCUGGACAAAGAGCCACCAGGUCGGAUUGGCAAGUAGGCAAUGCCUUGUUUGAUCUCCAGAUGAAUCCAUUCCAUGCUCCGGAUCAUGGAACAACUGUUUCGUCUAGCCCUGGUCCACCGCAAGAGGACAAAGUGCCGGCCGCCAGCCUUAACCCAUAUCGCGAUGGUCGUAUCAGGACCGCAGUGCCAAGCAAGCUUAAGGGCAGGACGAACAUGAAGCAAGGUAACUUCAGUGUUAUGCAUAUGCACCUCCAGAAGCCGCAGGUAACGGAGCGCGACCUUGCGGCCAAGCGUACAAGUGAAAGAACUGCUGCUGCUGCCAAACUUGCAAGUGCUCAAGGGUAUCGCUAUCCAAGGAGACCGCGGCCACCACACACAGCGGCUGCUCGCACUCCUUCACAAUCUCUCUCAAAUCUCCCUUCAGUAAUUGCAGACAUUUACGGGCCAGUUGCUCAGCCUCCACCCCUCAGGACUGUUAUGCCAUAUGAAGAGCAGCGAGCAGAGACGGGAUCUGCACAAGCCAGCACAGGGCUUGAAGAGAAUCCAUUGAUGGAAGCAGGCAAUGUGGAAAAUAUUGAAACAGAAAUUCUAGCAGAAUCAACUAAAGGAGAGGUCGCACUCGGGGUCAACCAUGAACAACAGGACAGUCCAUUUAUAGAUGCGAACUCGACACAGGACGUCAGCAUGAACCCGUCGAACGAAUUUGUCACACCAGCAGAUCCCACACAGGAGACUAACAGAGAGCCGCCUGCCAUUACGAAGCUCUUGGCAACAACUCUUCCACCGGAAGAGGUCAGAGCAGAGCAAUAUCGACUUCUUGAACUCCUACGAAAGCUGCACCCAACUACAGUCGUAGAAACGCUUUGCAGUGCCCUUUACCACUUCGGCGGUGCCACUCGGCGGCUCCCGUCUCCUGACGGGGGGUCCUCUGAAAGUGGCUCGAAGAAAAGCUCGGGCGAUCUCUUUAUUUCGUGGAUUUCGGAAAUUUUCCCUCCAAAUUUUGCUGAAAACAGCACUACGAAAAGGCCAUUGAAACCCUCAACAGGGAGACCACGAGGUAGGCCAAAAGGGAGUACGAAAAAGCUAGUACACGCAGAUUUACAUCUUAAGCGUACUGCCUUCGUUCCCCUGGCUAUGAGGCCCGAUGAAACGAAUGGUACGCAGCCUUCGACAUUUGUCAAAUGCUCGGGUGCACCACCAGACUCUGUUGCAAAUAAUCCAGGCUCAGAUAUGCCUCUACCACGUGCUUCUAACAACCAAAGCCCGAGUAAGCUACUUCCCCGUGUUAGGAAGGGUCAAAUUUCUAUAGCUGCCGCUCCCUCAAUUAUGCCGAGAUUGAUAAAUGUUUCAGGGGAAGCCCGAAGAAGCACCUCAGGUCCAUCGAUUACCCCCGCCGAAUUAACUAGCACAUCUGCACUGGUCGUGCCAAAUUCUUCGGUUACAACGUUAAAACGCACGAAGAGUACAGGAAGGCCUCGUGGUCGGCCUAAGGGAUCAAAGAACAAGCCCAGGCUACUGCCUGCUAAGCCUGCUUCUUCCUCAUUUAACUCAUCAGACUCUCAUCUUAGGGAGUCAAGGCCUCAAUCUCAUGAGCCAACCACGAGGGAAAACACGUAUAACUCCCUAAUAUCCACGCCUGAUUCAAGCUACGUGACCGAGACAGCCAGUGCUCUUCGAAACACCUUUUCUUUCCCAGUAUUGCCCGAUCCUGCUGAAGAAGCGGCCAGCACAAUGCAAGGUGGCGCAACUGGCUCGCCUGGUUGCACGCAGGUGAACAAAGCACGAACAGCCGGUGGCAGUUCCGUUAUCAUACAGGAACUUCAGGGGCCACCCAACCACCACCAGGACGCUGUCCUAGUUUCUUCAAAGAAGAGAAAGAAUUCACAACAAGGUCCCUGUACCAACACUCGAGUGAUCGAUACCCCCCAAACAUCCCCCAGGACCGCGCGAUUAGCCACCAAUCAUCCUCACGAGAAACAAGUCAAGCGUCUUUGUGUGUCUCAGGAGACAAAUCCAAGAAACCUUGGCACUAGCGAAAGAUAUUCGCAAUCAGCCGAUGCAGAGGCUAUAGCUUUUCGUUCAGGUGCCACUACCAGACACACAUCGUCUAUAUCAGGCAUAUUCGCCUCCGGGGUACAGGCAAUUGGGCUUGGAGAUAGUUUGAGCCAGCAAGUGCCACAAAGCCCAUCUCAUUUGUACCAGCAGGAUCAAGGGCUCAAGCAAUUUGAUGAGUCUUACCAGACCCAAGCAGAUCAAGGCGUCCAACUUCAACGCAAGCAUCAACCUCGGCAUCAUUCACCACAGGAUUUGAGAUCCGAACAGUCGAUCCGACCGACGAGUCUAUCUUCUCCAACGAAUACUCAGCCACAUAGCCGGGACCUCGGGGCUCCGGAGGAUGUUCUCCGAGAAGUGACCGUAUUGGGUUUGUACCAGCGGCAGCAACGACAGCAACGACAGUUGUCGAAUCAAUUAGGUCAUUCCGCUGCAGGCCCAUUUUCCCAGACAGCACGCUCAAGCCCUCCUCGGCGAGCUCAAAGGCUUGACAGCCGACCCCUGGUUCCUCAAUACGGGCAACAAGGUCUCCGUCAUUCAACUGGGACAACACCCUUACCAAACAUGGACCAUUCUGAGUCGCAUCACCACUUAGAAGAGUCAGCACCAAUCGCAAGUAUGGACAAAACACCUCCCAAGCCUUGUAAAACUGCAUCAGCGCCUGUAGCAGACAUGUCUUAAGCUCCCAGCUUUAAUAGACAGAGCUACGCCCGAACGGACUAUCACAGCAACUCUGGCACAGCGAAGCAACUCAGAAGCGAUCCAUGCUUUGACAAUACACUGGCCGAAAUUCACAUUCGUAGUCGAGUAUUUUACACCAUGAAGAGAGAGCGAGAAUAUCAGAAGAUAUCAAGGAGCAGAGGUGGGUGGUCCAAAUCGGCUGAUUCCAUGUGAUCG